UGAUCUUUCGCAAACCAUAUAAAAUGGAUGAUGGAAAUCAAAUUUCUGUUACCCAACAAAAACAAACUAGACCUCGGUUCCAGUUUACCGCACAACAUAAAGAUCUGUUAGAAAAAGUAUAUAAAGAUUCUCCAUAUCCCGAUAAAGGCAGUAAACAACAACUUGCAACAUUAAUUGGCGCAACAGAAAUACAAGUUAACGAGUGGUUUCAACGAAGAAGAAAGAAAGAUCCUGCUAUUUUGGCUAAAGUGGCUGCUGCCAAUACCCAAUUCACGAGUACAUCGCAAUUGCCGCCAGUCGCUUCAAGCAACACUUUGCAAGCGGUGAUCGGUAAUACCAAUACAACUGCAACUCAGAAUCAAAAUGUUUCGCCGAUGUUGUCUUCUUCUCAGGGCAACCUUUUGUCGUCAAAUGGAGACAUCACCUCUCCGUUUUUUCCUUAUAAUGACCAUAUAAACCCUCCCAUCCCAAAUCAUGAAGUUUACGUUUAUAUUGGUGAUAACCAAGUAAGUUACACUUCGCCGCUAGCGUCAAAUUAUAAUCUACCAUCUUCUGCAAGUUAUACUCCGCCUGGUCCCUCUUCCACUGUGACUUCAAAGCAAACAAUUAAUAAUGAAAAUAAAUCAGAAAAACGUGAAGACAAAAGUAAAUCUACUCCAGAUGAUGAAUCAUCCAGACAGUUGAUUGAAA